UGCAUACUUAAGUAAAGCUACGUGCUCCGAUAAUAACAAAUCGUUAUUUAGGUCUCUUUCCUACAUUGGCUUAUUAGCCCUCGACCUUGACACUCGAGACCCUUGGGACCCUUGACUCGACCCAAGAACCCAAGAGUGGAAAAUCAAGGCCAGCAAGACAUACAAGAAAAAAAAAAGACGAUAAAUAAAUCAGGGGGCGUCAAUGCUCACAACGACCAGGUUGUCGGCGUGCCCCUCCUAAAUCCUCCUCCCUCCCACGUCUCGCUACCACGCAUCGCCGAUAUUACCUAUUACCACCGUUGCUAGUACCAUUCCUAUUACUACUAUUUCUUACUCUCUCUUUUUCCCAUCUCCACCCCCCCUUCUAUCUACUACUCCGUACCUAUCCGUCACCAUUUAAAUUCCUUAUCCGAUUGUCGCCUCCACCGCUACCUACCUUACCCGGGUAGAUAUACCUACGACGCCCACGCCUGCAUAAAAUGUCCGAGUAUCGUCAUAUGAGGUCCGGUAGUCUAAGCAUUCCCUCAUCAACAAACACAAUGAGUCCAAUAGUUCCCUCACACGGUCGCUUCGAUGGGCCGAGAAGCCCGCCGAAUACGUCGCAUGUUCCAUGUAAGUUCUUUCGACAGGGCGCUUGCCAGGCUGGUUCUGCGUGCCCCUUCAGUCACGAUCUAGGUACUGCUGCAGAAACAGUAUGCAAGUAUUUCGCAAAGGGCAAUUGCAAAUUCGGUCCUAAAUGUGCCAAUGUACACGUUCUCGCCGAUGGAAGACGAAUCAACUACGGCAAGAAUGGUAUUACGAUCGGUCAACCUAUUCAUCUCGGAAAUCGAGUCAAUCCUACCUCAUAUAACUCCUCUAGUAGCGCUUUAACGAAUUCCUUUAUGCGCGCUGAUUCGAAUCAAUCCUACGGAAAUGGUUACGGAUAUCCGAUGUCACCGAGCGAUACAUAUCAAUCCAUUGAUCGACGACCAAGCUUAGAAAACGUUCCAACGAUCGAUACUACAUACUCUCACACGAGCUCACAAUAUGGCUCACCACGAGAAGAAGAUCCGUCGCGCCUAGGUUUAGGGCUCUCACCUGUAGCCGCCAAGGGCCUAUCUGUACUCGACGCACCCCUUCCAGCUUCUUUCGACUCCAAUGGAAUAUCCAACGCUGCUAGAUACCCUGGAGGGCCAUGGCCGUCCUCUGUACCUUCUCAAUUUGGACUCGACUCACCUUCGCCUUCUUUGAACGCAGCCAAAGAUUCGCGAACUUCCGAAACUCUCAAGCUUCUCCAUCACUCUGCAUUUGGCAGCAACGAACACUUAGCCUCGGCCGCCGGCGGUUCCUCACCGACAACCCAACCACACGACGAAUAUUUUGGUAAACGCCAGAUGCAUUCGAGCCGCUAUGCUAAGCCUAAGAUGCUUAGCAGUAGUGCGCCUCGCGCUAUCGCCGGAGCUAUCGAUCGAGACUGGGAGUCAGAAUUCCCCUUUCUAGAAGAAGAUUAUCUGCCCGAUAACCUGAAGGAUCUGCUGACACCAGCUGAGAAGGCCCGACGUGGGUCACGAGCGGCCGACGAGGAGUCCAACGGUCACAGGGGAAAUGGAACAUCACCCAGUGUCGUAGGAGUGAGUGGUACAGGGACACCCAAUGGUGAAGUGAGCUCAAAAUUUGGAAGUCCCAUGUCGUCGAGCCCAAGUCGGUGGGGUCCGCUGUUCCAACGACAGCACGAGGAACAAAAGCACGCCGCAGCCGCUAGUGCAGGUGCCUUUGGACACGUUGGAAGCCCUCUUCGCCAAUCCAGCCUCAGCGCUAGCGUUGUGCGACCGCAAAAUGCGAGCCGGUCCAGUAGUAUCGACGGUCCCAGCACUUUGACCCAGCAGCUGCAACGUAUACGCAUAGAAGGCAACGGGGGCGAAUCACCUUUGUUACAUCCCAAUUCCCAUGCUUCCCAUAACCCAAGGCCAUCUAACGGGCGAGGCGGCGAGCGCCACGUCAGCAGCGGCUCUAUCAGCUCCAGCGCACGAUACACUACUCCGAUAGGAGAAGAGGAUGGCGAAUUCGUAUUCAGCAUGGACGAAGACGGCGAACGGGAAAGCACCAUAAGAGCCCGGAAACGUAUGUCCGUAGGCACAGCCAUGAGCGUUUGGGGUUCAAGCUACGCUGGCGUUACCUCCGGACCAGGGAAGAAAGACGACAACGCCGCAAGAGUUGUCGAAGGAGUUGGAGGACGGUGAACAAUAGCAGACCCAAGAAACGACCAGUACAAAUAAAGGUGCAUCUUCAAGCGAAGGAAUAAUAAUUAUGCUAGGAGAAGAUGUCUAGUCCAUGCGAAUCUCCUAUUUCAAAGGAACACCGACAACCCGAGGUAUAAACUUACCAAGCUACCAAUUUCCAAAUAACGAAGUUACGAAUCACGAGGUGCCGGGAAGCUGGCUGUUUAAGGCACGGAGCAUUUAUUUCACAACACAAAGAGCGCUACGACAAAUUCUACCAUACCAAACUACCUAGGUACCAACUUACCUAUCUAUUUUACCUAUAUAGGAAAAGAUGUUGGAAGUGGGGAAAAUGAAGACUGUUGCAUAGCAAGCAGACAGGCAAAGCAGGCAUAGAAAGGUGGACUCACCCUGCUACAACUCGUUGGUACACAUUUUUCACGGCAUCCCAGGUUGGUAAAACAGCGGCAGCCCGGCGAGGUGGGCAGGUUCUUAAGAAUAUAUUAUUAUUUUUUACAGGAGAUGCGGAUCACAAGGGGGACGGAGUUGGUUUGGCAAAAUCAUCAUCAUCACAGCACUACCAUGCAAUUCAUUUCCAUUUUCCUUUCUAUUUGUUUAUAACCAUGUUUGAAUCGGCCCUCAUUUUCAAGCUUUAAGGGGGGAGUUUAGUUUUCAUUUGCUUUUUUUACUUUUCGGAGAUAUCCUGACUCUUUGCAUUCUUUUUUAUUGU